CUGCGGUCAACGGACGUAGACAACAAGAAAAUGGCUUCGCGUUUCGACAAUGGAAACUCGCUAUUCGACUUUGUCGUCCGAGAAGGCAAUGGUGUGAAAGGUCUGGUGGAUUCGGGCCUCUCAAUGGUACCGGACCGAUACAUCCAACCGAUACAGGAGCGUAUACAUGAUGACAAGCAAAACACCAUCUCACACAAACUUCCGCCAAUCGAUUUGUCAAAACUUGAUGGGCCGAACCACGACCAGGUGUUGGAGGACAUCGCUGCGGCUGCUGAGACACUCGGGUUCUUCCAAGUUAUCAACCAUGGCGUGCCGGUGGAACUGCUGGAGUCACUCAAAGAUGCGGCCCACAGGUUCUUCGGCCGACCACCGGCAGAGAAAGCUGUUUACCGCAACGGAGUGAGCCCGAAUCCGCAUGUGAAAUAUGGGACCAGUUUUGUACCGGAUAAAGAGAAGGCUUUGGAGUGGAAGGACUACAUUAGCAUGACAUAUACCAGCGAUACUGAUGCCCUUGAUCAUUGGCCAAAGGACGUCAAGAUAGCUGCACUCGAGUACCUAAAGACAUCGAGCAAGAUGGUGAGAAGAUUAAUGGAGAUUUUGAUGAGUAAGCUUGGAGAGACAGUAGUAGAUGAUGACUCAAGAAUCGAUGCCGUGAUUGGUUCAAAAAUGGUUAACAUGAACUUCUAUCCGGCAUGCCCCAAUCCGGAGCUUACAGUUGGCGUGGGAAGACACUCGGAUAUGGGCACACUAACAGUGUUACUACAAGAUGGAAUUGGUGGUUUAUACGUGAAAGUUGAUCAAGAUCAAGAUCAAGAAGAUGAUGGAAAAAAUGGAGAGUACUGGAUUGAGAUCCCACCUAUCCCCGGUGCGCUGGUUAUCAACGUUGGCGAUACCUUACAGAUACUAAGCAAUGGGAGGUAUAAAAGUGCCGAACAUAGAGUGCGCACCACGAGAAGUGAAUCAAGAGUGUCAAUCCCAAUAUUCACGACCCCUAAAGCUAGCGAGAUAAUAGGGCCGUUGCGUGGGGUGGUCGAGAAAGAUGGAGUGGCUCGCUACAGGGAGUUUGUGUUCCAGGACUACGUGAACAACUUUUUCGGGAAUGUUCACCAAGGAAAGAAGUCCCAGCUUGACUUCGCUCGCCUCCAUCAUUUUGCAGCUUGACCUGCUUGCCCUACCUAGCUGGAUAAAUAUAUGCACUCUAAUAAAUCUCAC